CUGGAGGAGCAGCUGGAGGAAGAGGAGGCGGCUCGGCAGAAGCUGCAGCUGGAGAAGGUGACCACGGAGUCCAAGCUGAAGAAGAUGGAGGAGGAUUUGCUGCUGCUGGAGGAUCAGAACUCGAAGCUGCACAAGGAGCGGAAGCUGAUGGAGGAGCGCCUGGCGGAGUUCACCUCGCACAUGACGGAGGAGGAGGAGAAGGUGAAGAGCCUGUCCAAACUGCGCAACAAAUACGAGGCCGUCCUCGCCGACAUGGAAGAGCGGCUGAAGAAGGAGGAGAAGGGGCGCCAGGAGCUGGAGAAGCAGCGGCGUCGGCUGGACGGGGAGACGAGCGACCUGCAGGAGCAGCUGCUGGAGCUGCAGCAGCAGCUGGAGGAGCUCCGGGCCCAGCUGGCCCGCAAGGAGGCCGAGCUACAGGCUGCCCUGGCCAG